GCCGGCUCCUCGAGAGCAGGACGGCCCGCCCCCCCCCUCGCUGUCCCUGCCCUCUUCAGGGUUCUGUCUUCUUCCCUCCGCCCGUCCCUGACCCCGUCCAGAUCCCUCCGGCCCCUGGCCCCGGGCCCGGCCCCUCCCGCUGAGCCCCCCCCGCCCCCUCCUUCCCUUACAGGGGGCCGGGUGAAGACCUGGAAGCGGCGCUGGUUCAUCCUCACCGACAACUGCCUCUACUACUUUGAGUACACCACGGACAAAGAGCCCCGGGGGAUCAUCCCCUUGGAGAACCUGAGCAUCCGCGAAGUGGAGGACCCCCGCAAGCCGAACUGCUUUGAGCUCUACAUCCCCAACAACAAGGGCCAGCUCAUCAAGGCCUGUAAGACAGAGGCAGACGGGCGGGUGGUUGAGGGCAACCACAUGGUCUACCGCAUCUCGGCCCCCACGCAGGAGGAGAAGGACGAGUGGAUCAAGUCCAUCCAGGCCGCCGUGAGCGUGGACCCCUUCUACGAGAUGCUGGCAGCCCGAAAGAAGAGAAUCUCCGUAAAGAAGAAACAGGAGCAGGCUUGAUCCGGGCGGGGGCCUGGCCCACCUCCCUGCCCAUCCCCAUCCUGUCCCCCACUUGUUCCCUAGGCAAUAACCCCACUGCCCCCGCCCUGGCCCCUGGCCCUGCCUUCCACUUAUUUAUUGGGGGCUGAGGGGCCGGACCCCUGGGUGCCCCAGCGCCCUCUCUUGGGGCAAAGGAGAAUUUUCUACUCGUGGUUUCUCUUCAUUUAUUUGUAAUUAAUUCAUGAUUAUUAUUAUUAUUAAUAUGACGACGGUCA